UACCCUAAAACUUCCUCCCUCUUGUUAAGUCCAGAAAACCAGGAAAGGGAAAAACAAUCAGAGAGAGAGAGAUAUGGUGCGUGUUCUUAGCAAUAUCAUGAGGGCACGCAUCAUCAUCAUUACCACCAUCUCCUUCUUGUUCAUCGUUGCAGCAAACAGUGAUCCACAGAUCAAUUGCAGCAAAACAUGUGUUGCACAAGACUGUAACAGUGUGGGGAUUCGAUAUGGAAAGUUUUGUGGGGUGGGAUGGACUGGAUGUCCUGGACAAAAACCAUGUGAUGAUCUUGAUGCUUGUUGUAAAGUUCAUGAUGAAUGUGUUGAGAAAAAAGGGAUGAUGAGUGUCAAAUGCCAUGAGAAGUUCAAGAACUGCAUAAGAAAAGUUCAGAAAUCUGGGAAGACUGGAUUCUCUCAAGUAUGCCCUUACGAAACUGCUAUGCCUACAAUGAUCCAAGGUAUGGAUAUGGCCAUUAUGCUUAGCCAACUAGGCAGUCAAAGAUUUGAACUUUAACAGAGUAUAGAAGAUACAUGGGUGGAGAUGAAGCAUCUUUUACCCACAAUACUUACAGAAAUAUUUAUUCCAACCACAUUGGUUGAUUGAUUGUAUUGCUAUUGGAACCAUUAGGAUUUAACAGUGAACUAGUCAUAACUGAUUUCGUUUCUCCGACCCAUUCUCGCUAAAUAGUUUUGAUUUGCUUGUCUCAUCAUGAACUAUUAUCAGAACGAAAUCAUAAUUAUGAAAGUUUUGUUCGGCAAUCAUGGCUUCCAAAUA